AUGGACACCAGCCACGCGCGCUUGCGGGUUCGGAAAAUUGUCCAGUGCAUGCUGGAAGGAUAUUAUAUCCUGAGAAGCGAGGAGGGCAUCUAUGGCGUUUUGAUUGUUAAACCGUGCGAGGACUUCUGUAUUGAGGCUGCGGGUGAAACAGCGAGGAUUAUAAGCGAACGCCCAGCUAGGAAGACUGUCCCUGCUUGUGAGGUUAUAGUCAAAGGGUCCCAAGUGAAGCGUAUGGUUUUGGAAGGGUCCAGAGCUAACGCAUCCGCCACCCGUGCCGCGCGGGAGGAUCUCACCGUCUAUGUCAAAGCCGGUAUCGGCUGGGUCAAAAAUACCGCUUAUGUGAACGUUAAGGGUGUAGUUGAUAUGUACCCUGCCAUGAUAUACUCAUUAGUUAAGGUCCUGCCUUUACAGCACAGAGGUGGCAAAUUUCACGCUAUGAAAUCAUCCAUCCGACUUCGUACCCCGGGAUACUUGUCCUGGUUGAGUAAGGGCGGCUUGGAAAUCAUGCAUUGCACGCUGUUUAUAUACUCUCUCCGCUGA